AUAACAUAACAUAUCCACUUAACAAUUUUCUAUAAAGAUCAAUUUCAUUAUAAACCAAUUCAGCAACAACUCAAUGGAGGGAAAACCAAAAUUCCUUCAUGGGACACUCGAAGCCACCAUCUUUCAUGCCACACCUUAUUCACCACCAUUUCUACUUAAUUGCAUAAACCCAGCUGGAAAACCGACAUACGUUACCAUCAAGAUAAAUCAUAAAAAGAUAGCAUCGACAAGUCACGAAAGUAGUCGAAUUUGGAACCAAACAAUACGUGUUCUUUGUGCUCAUUCGAUAAACACAACAAUCACAAUCACCCUCAAGACAAAAUGCUCAAUUCUUGGAAAAGUCAACAUUCAAGCCGAUCAACUGUUACAAGAGUCGAGCUUGAUCGAUGGUUUGUUUCCAGUUUGCAUGGAAAACGGGAAGCCAAAUCCGGAAUUAGAACUUAGACUCAUGUUAUGGUUCAAACCCGCGAAUCUUGAACCAAAUUGGCGAAAAAUAAUCGAUAAAAAUGUAUUUCAUGGUGUAAAAGAUGCUACAUUUCCACUAAGGGGUAAAUGUGGUGUUACCCUUUAUCAAGACUCUCAUCAUCAUCCUACUUUCAAACCGCCAUGUGGGUCCCCAAGAAAACUCUGGGAGGAUGUUUUUGUAGCCAUUGAAAAUGCAAAAUAUUUGAUUUAUAUCGCCGGGUGGUCUUUCAAUCCUAAGAUGAUUCUGGUUAGGGAUUCCGAAACGGAAAUCCCACACGCAAAAGGAGUAUCAUUAGGUGAAAUAUUGAAGAGAAAAGCAGAUGAAGGUGUAUCUGUAAGGAUCAUGAUUUGGGAUGACGAAACUUCAUUACCAUUUAUAAAAAACAAAGGAGUAAUGGGGACCCACGACGAAGACGCUUUCGCCUAUUUCAAAAACACGAAAGUGGUAUGCAAAUUGUGCCCUAGGUUAGCCCACAACUUCCCAACAUUAUUCACACAUCAUCAAAAAACCAUAACAAUGGACAAGCGUGGGCACUCAUCUUCAAGCAAACGAGAAAUAACUAGUUUUAUAGGCGGAAUCGAUCUUUGCGAUGGCCGAUACGAUACCGAAAAACAUUCGAUUUUUCAAAAAUCAAAUACGGAUUUCUAUCAAACGAGUAUAUCCGGAGCACAGGUUGACCGAGGGGGCCCACGAGAGCCAUGGCAUGAUGCACACGCGUGUAUUAUCGGUGAAGCUGCAUGGGACAUAAUGCGUAAUUUCGAGCAACGUUGGGUGAAACAAUUUGAUCCUUCGUUGUUAGUCCCGGUUAACAAAAUAACCGAUUUGGGACGUGAGUCGGUUACCAUAACCGAAAGGAAUUGGAAUGUUCAAGUGUUUAGAUCGAUCGACCACGUGUCAGUUUGCCACGUGACGAAGAAUUUUACAAUCGAACAAAGCAUACACGACGCGUAUGUAGAGGCGAUUAGGCGAGCAGAGAGGUUUAUAUACAUCGAGAAUCAAUAUUUCAUUGGGGGAUGUGAUUUAUGGGAGAAAGAGAAAGAUCGACAUUCGGGGUGUAGGAAUUUGAUUCCGAUUGAGAUUGCACUUAAGGUGGUGAGCAAGAUUAAAGCGAAAGAGAGGUUUGCAGUGUAUAUUUUGAUACCUAUGUGGCCGGAAGGUGUACCAGAGAGUGAACCGGUGCAAGACAUAUUGUAUUGGACAAGGGAGACUAUGAAGAUGAUGUAUGGUUUGAUUGGGGAUGCGAUUAGGGAUAGUGGUGAGGGGUAUCAUCCGAAAGAUUACUUGAAUUUCUUUUGUCUUGGUAAUAGGGAAGUGGAAAAGGAAGGAGAGUAUGUCCCACAUUAUUCUCCGCAUCAUGGGACACAAUAUUGGAAUGCUCAAAAACAUAGGAGGUUCAUGGUUUAUGUACAUUCAAAACUCAUGAUAGUGGAUGAUAGUUACAUGUUGAUAGGAUCUGCAAAUAUAAACCAACGAUCCAUGGAUGGGACACGAGACACGGAGAUUGCAGUAGGAUGCUAUCAAUCAAAAGAUGAGAAUGUUGAGAAGACAGAUAAAAGAGAUGUUCAUGGUUACCGAAUGUCAUUGUGGGGAUGA